CUCACUUAACAUUGAAAUAGCAACCAGAACUAUUUAACUUAUACUUGAAAUAAUAAUUUAAAAUGCAUUACGCGAGUUUCUACACUUUCGCUAUAAUUUUAUGUGUGCAAUGUGCAGCACAAUCAAUAUACGAAACUGAUGUUAAUUUUAGAGUGGAUCCGGGAUCAAGAACAUGUUUUUUCGAGGAAGGGAAGGCUGGACAAACGUUAGAAGUAUAUUAUCAGGUUCUCGAUGGUCAACAUGGGGACCUGGAUAUUAUAUUUGAAAUCAUAAACCCACAAGGUGUACAAUUGGUAGCAGACUACAAGAAGUCACAAAAUUCCAUCAUAAUGGAUUUAGAGAUGGAUGGUGAUUAUGUAUUUUGUAUGGAUAACACUAUCAGUGUUAUUAAUUCAAAACUUGUGUUUGUUUAUGUGAUGAUUGAAAACAAGGUAACUGAUGAUAAUGAUGAGACCGAAGUAAGCGUUGUAGACGCAGACGGAGAGCGCAAAGAGGAAGAAGAAGUUAUUGAAUGGACUGGUACUGAUGAAGAAGGGAAUGCCUAUUAUAUCGAAGUAAAACAUAUUCAUGAAUCGCUAAGCCGGACACUAAAGCAAGUAGUGAAGGCGCGCCACCUACUGGAUCUGUAUGGUGCAAUGAAAUCACGUGAUAGCUACUUAGCAUUUGAAGAUACUUUCAUUGUGGAUGUAUGGUCUAUAUUCCAAAUAUUUUUCAUGAUUACUGUUGGGUUGUUGCAAGUCUACAUGAUCAAGAAACUAUUCAAUAGAUCAAAUAACAGCAUAAAUGACUACUAUUAAUAUUGUUACAAUAUUUGUAUAACAAACAAUCCUUUAGUAACAUGUAAAAUUAUUAUUAUU